AAAAAAAAAAGACCCAAACUUUAUGUUGGAAAUAGAUUCAAAAAGAAGAAGGCAAAGUAAACCGAUUGCAAAUCUCCAUUUGCUUUCAAAGUUGGUAAGCAGUACUCAUAUUAGCAUGAAAAACGUCGGCCACCCACUGCCACCCACCAUUUAAAAACACUAAAAAGGCAUAAUUAAAAACAUUAGAUAAAAAGAUUGGGUGCUAAAAAUCAAAGUAAUUCUCCAUUUCUCUUAUUUGAGAAAACAUAAAUUAUAUCUGAUGCUCGGUUAAUCCCCCUACCAAAAGGGGAAAAAAAAAUACUUUCUUUAAUUACUCUUUUUAUUUUCAAUAUUCAAAUUAGUCGACUACAUAAUUCCAAAUCUUAAUAGGUAGAAUAUAUAGAUUGUUGACUUGCUCACGUCCCUUCACUUGGUGCAUUCUUACGUGCGAUCAGAUUGUUGAGUUGCCCCAUUCACUUGGUACUCUGGAACAUGAACGUUAGUUCUGUAUUCUUGAAGUCUUGAUGACUUUUAAAAUUCUGACACCGAGGAACCUGGAAAGAACCUUAGAAAUAUCUGUUAUAGCGACCAGAGUAGGUUAUGUAUGGCAAGAAACUCACUGCUUUCAAAUUCAGGCCAGCUGUCUCCACUGUCUCACUCCCCAUCCAUACCCUUCCUGAAAAGCCACCAAACUCAACCCAACGUGGAGCCAAAAAACCCACAAACCAUGGGAUCCAAUUCCUUUCCUACCACCCAAACCCUGAAAUUUUUGCUUUUCCCCAAAAGGGUUUCUCAGAAAUCACCAGUUUGAUCACUGGGAGAGCUUUACAUGCCCAUUGUGUUAAGUAUUCAACCCUUCUCAGCCUAAUCAACUCAAACACGUUGAUUAACAUGUAUUCAAAACUGGGAAGGGUAGAUACUGCUCGUUUGGUGUUCGAUCAAAUGCCUCGAAGAAAUGAAGCUUCAUGGAAUACUAUGAUUUCAGGUUAUGUAAGAGAGGGUUUGCAUCUGGAAGCAAUUGGAUUAUUCUGCGAAAUGCGGGACAAAAGCGUUAAUAUAAAUAAAUUUGUACUUGCCAGUCUGAUAACUGCUUGCAACAAGUCGACAUCGAUGGUCUGCCAAGGAAUUCAAAUCCAUGGUUUUGUUUUAAAAAUUGGAUUAUUGCAUGAUGUGUUUGUGGGUACAUCACUUCUGCACUUCUACGGUACGUAUGGUUCAACUUCUAAUGCUCAGAGGGUUUUUGAGGAGAUGCCUGAUCGGAAUGUAGUUUCUUGGACUUCCUUAAUGGUAGCUUAUUCGAACAAUGGAGAUCCAGAGAAUGCUGUGAAGAUUUACCAGAAAAUGAGGCGUGAUGGAGUCAGUUGCAAUCAGAACUCUUUCACGACGUUAAUUAGUUCAUGUGCUUUGAUUGAGGAUGAAUUGUUAGGCCUUCAGGUUCUUGUGCAUGUUCUGGUUUCCGGAUUGGAGUCUAAUGUGUCUGUGGCAAACUCCCUUAUAUACAUGUUUGGUAGUUUUGGAUCUGUGGAGAGUGCGUGCUAUGUCUUUGAUCGAAUGGAAGAACGUGAUACAAUAUCAUGGAAUUCGAUGAUAUCUGCAUAUUCACAGAAUGGAUUCUGCGAGAAAUCACUUAGAUGUUUCCAUCAGAUGCGGCAUGCUAAUGUGAAACCCAAUUCUACAACAGUAUCCAGUAUGAUUUCAGCUUGUAGUUCUGUUGAUAAUCUGAGUUGGGGCAAAGGUAUUCAUGGUGUCACUGUUAAACUUGGCAUGAAUUCAAUUAUAUGCGUUUGCAAUACUCUCGUCACCUUGUAUACUGAGUCUGGAAGACCUAAAGAUGCAGAGCUGUUGUUCUUAGAGAUGCCGGAAAGGGAUUUGAUUUCAUGGAAUUCAAUGAUGGCUUGCUAUGCGCAAGAUGGGGAGUUCCGAGGUGCCCUGAAUCUCUUGGCAGAAAUGUUUAGGAAUAAGAAAAUAAUAAAUCACGUAACUUUUGCUAGUGCUUUAGCUGCAUGUUCAAGUAUUGAGGCUCUGAUCAUGGGAAAGACUGUUCAUGCGCUUAUAAUCCGAGAGGUACUCCAUGAGAAUUUGCUUGUAGGUAAUGCAUUAGUCACCAUGUAUGGAAAGUGUGGUGCAAUUAGGAUAGCUGAACUAGUAGUCCAUUCAAUGCCCCAGCGCGAUGUUAUCACAUGGAAUGCACUCAUAGGUGGUCAUGCAGAGAAUGAAGUAGCUCAUGAGGCAAUAAAGGCUUUUAACUUGAUGAGAAAAGAUGGCAUGCCUGCAAAUUAUAUCACCAUGGUAAAUGUUCUGGGUGCUUUGUCAGCUCCUGAUCAUUUAUUGAAAUACGGGAUGCCAUUCCAUGCCCAUAUGGUUAUAACAAGAUUCGAAGCAGAUGAUUAUGUGAAGAAUGCUCUUAUUACAAUGUAUGCCAACUGUGGUGAUCUAGAUUCAAGCAACUUCAUCUUCAGUGGACUGCAGAAUAAAAAUGUUGUUGCAUGGAAUGCAAUGAUUGCUGCAAAUGCACAUCAUGGUCAUGGAGAGGAAGCUCUAAAACUUUUUGUGGAAAUGCUACAUGCUGGAUUGACAUUAGAUCAAUUCAGCUUCUCUGGAGGCCUUUCUGCUAGUGCUAACUUAGCAUUAUUGGAGGAAGGACAACAACUUCAUGACCUGGUAAUUAAACUUGGGUUUGAAUCAAAUCUCCAUGUUACAAAUGCAGCAAUGGAUAUGUAUGGAAAAUGUGGGGAAAUGGGCGAUCUACUGAAAAUACUUCCCAAAGCAAUCAACCGAUCACGAUUAUCAUGGAACAUAUUAAUAUCCGGUUUUGGCAGACAUGGGCAUUUUGAAAGAGCCAGAGAAGCUUUCCAUGAAAUGCUUGAAUGGGGACCAAAUCCAGACCAUGUUACUUUUGUUGCGCUUCUCGCUGCAUGCAGCCAUGGGGGUCUUGUAGAUGAGGGACUGGCUUACUUUGCUUCAAUGACUUCAGAAUUUGGGGUCCUGCCUGGAAUAGAGCAUUGUGUAUGUAUAAUCGAUCUCCUUGGGCGAUCGGGGAGGCUUCAUGAUGCUGAAAGGUUUAUUAAGGAAAUGCCAGUGCCACCCAAUGACCUUGUUUGGCGGAGUCUGUUAGCUGCAUGUAGAACUCAUCGUAAUUUGGAGCUUGGGAGAAUAGCUGCUGAAAAUCUUCUGAAGUUGAACCCAUCAGAUGACUCGGCUUAUGUUCUUCUGUCAAAUGUAUGUGCAAUUAGUGGGAGGUGGGACGAUGUAGAGAAUGUCAGAAGGAAAAUGAAAGCGCAUAACAUUAAGAAGAAACCUGCUUGUAGUUGGAUUAAAGUGAAAGACAAGGUGAGUUCAUUUGGUAUUGGAGACCGGUCUCACCCACAGGCCAGGCAGAUUUAUGCCAAGUUGAAGGAGAUUUUGAAUAUGAUCAAAGAAGCAGGUUAUGUCCCCGAUACAAGCUUUGCGUUGCAUGACACAGAUGAAGAGCAGAAACUGCACAAUCUUUGGAACCACAGUGAGAAGCUGGCCCUUGCAUUUGGCUUGAUUAAUAUGCCAGCAUGUUUGCCCAUCAGAAUUUUCAAGAAUCUACGUGUUUGUGGUGAUUGUCAUUCUGUUUACAAGUUUGUUAGUGGAGCUGUCAAUAGGGAUAUUAUUCUGCGAGAUCCUUAUCGGUUCCACCAUUUCAGUAGAGGCAAAUGUUCUUGUUGUGAUUAUUGGUAGUCAAGCUACUGAGCUGAAAGAAUAGUCCUAUUGACUGGCUUUUGGACAGUCAAUGUCCCAUAUGGAGAUUCUUCUGGAACUGGCAACUCCAUCAAGUGUUGUGGCAUUCUCUGCCAACUGAGAUUUCAUUCUGUCAGUGACACCAUCAUUUGUUAGAUUGGAUUGGUUUGAGUAAUUCCUUGGACUGACAUUUUUUUAUUUAUUAAAUUCAUGAGAAAGAUUUGUGAAAGGACAGUUCUAAUGUAGCAAUUCAUUUGUUCUUUUAGCUGUUUACUUGGUGGGAUAUGGUAUUGUUAUUGAUCAGAAAUGAGUAGUUUUGAUCUCACAAUAUCAAUGAGAAAUCUCAGGGAAAAAGAAAAGCAUGAAGGGAACAAGCUAAAAUCGGAAACUGAUUGAAACCAAUGGAAAAUCUUGCAAAAAAAUUGGAAUCGGCUCAAGAGAAAUCUGAGAUAUUUGAAGAGACAUCAAGGUUUCUGGGGUUUGAGGGAAUAAGCAAGCAGAAUCUGGGGAUGCUCUGUUCUGAUGAAGAAUUGGUGCAAAAGGGGAGGAUCAAUGGAGGAAGCCAAGGCAGUUCUGGUCACAAGCGGGAGGUUGAAUUUGUAAUCUUGGCUGUACGAAACUAUGGAUCUCAUUGAAGCAAUGUCAGUUGCGAUUACUGACUGGUUAGUUUUUCAGUAAAACUCAGUGAAUUGGACAUAAUAGAACAUAUCUCAAAAUCGUGUGAGCCUCUAGAGGGUUCUCUUCACAAGGACCAUCUUCUUGGGCACCAUUAGACAGAGAAUGAUACUGGCUUGGCUAUGAUGAAGUACCACAUGAGUGGAUAUAUAAGAAUCCAAAUCUGACGAAUCACUCAUGUUAUGUUCUUCUACAUCCUAGGUCUCCCCGUUCUGGCAAAUUUUGAGUAUCUGAGGUUUCCUCUUGUUUGUUGUGAAGAAAAUUAAGAAAUUAUGAACAAUGGCGAACAGGUAUUGGAAACUUCUACAAUGACAUUUUACAUCA